GAAAAUAAUUAUAAUCCCAUUAUUAAAAGUAAUAUUUCUACUCACUCUCACUCUGAGUCUCAAUUUUCUCACCAUUUUCAUUCUCCAUUUUUUCUCUGUUAAAUGCUCUUAAGAUUUCGCAUUUUCUCAGGUUCUUCAAUUACGAUUGGGGAUUCUGAAUUUUGUUCUGUUACGAUUGGGAAAUCGGAGGAGGGAGAUGUUGAACCGAGUUUCUCAUUUGAAAAUUCCCCUAAAUUCUCAGUCCUAAUUCCGAUGAGGGAGAUCUUAGUGGCUUAAUGCUCCCUACUCACAACAAUGGCCAAUUCAUCUCAAGCUGUAAAUUCUAACACUGUGACAAAGUUAGGCUCAACCAAUGUUCAAACUAAGAUUGCAGAUGAUGAUGAUCAGCGGUUUCUUUUGUUCUUUGUGAUUGGUACUUACUUUGGACCUGAUCUUAAAGGGGGGUUCCCUAAAAAGUCCAUCUUGCAGAGAAUUGCUGAGGGGCUUCCACCUUAUACUUCUGAUCAGCUAGCUGGUUCAUCACACAUGGAAAUAGUCGAGGUAGAGCGUAUUUACCGUUAUGUUCUUAGGAAGGCUGACCAAUCUGCUGUUGUAAAAUUACCUUUGUUGCUCCAAUUCUUUGAUGGUAUUCUCCCUAAAAAUGGAAACGACCCAAUUGCCAACUACCCUCAGUUUCCCGAUCUCUUUCCUCCUUUACUUCAUCGCCAUUCACUGAACCAAUACCGAAACAAGAUUGUAGAAAACAUAGUAUUUGUUAACAACCCAGACAUAUAUUACAUUGACAGAGAGGAUGUUGAAAGAUUCAGGAGGUUAACCGGAUUGCAUGAUGUUCUUUUGGAUGAAGAUGCUGCAAGGUUUCAUACUAUUGAUGGUGUCAUUUCACAUAGUGCAGCAGCUCCAGUGGAUGAGAUUAAUGGAGGCCUUUCUCCUUCCAAAUCCUCACAAAGGAAUAGGAAAACUAGACAUGUAGACAAGGUUCUUAAGGUGGAUGGUUCCCUUCAACAUGACAUGGCUAGUCCGGCGAUGAUAUUUCUUCCUUCGCUUCCUACUGUAUCAGAAUUGUCUAAAAUAGUAGCUGCUACUAAGAACGGAUUUGCAUUGACUGGGAGUGCAGCAGCGGGACCUGUUGGGCCAACUGUAGGACUCGUGGACAUUGGGGAGUGCGAGGACUCUUACAUCUUUCGCAUUUCCCUUCCAGGAGUGAAGAGAGAUGAAAGCCUCUCCAAAGUCCAAACUAUGGAAACGUUUCUCCCAUUUACUAAUUAGUGUUCUUUCGUUUUUAUGUGUAUCUUUUUGCUUUUAUUUUGCUAAUAGAAACUUAAUUCUCAUCCCUUAUAGAGUUGUUAGUUUUCAUUUUAUGGUAUGAGUUUGGAGUCUAGUGUUGCUUCUUAAUCAACCGAGUAGUCUGUUGAUGUUUCUUUUUGUGACUGCAGGUGAUUUUAGUUGUGAAGUUUCAAGUGAGGGCGAGGUAUUAAUACGCGGGGCUACUACAACGGGUGAGAAGACAGUACACAGGUACUCCCAAAUGUUCGAAAUGCAAACGCAGAAUUUAUGCCCUCCAGGGCGGUUCUCUAUCUCUUUUAAACUCCCCGGUCCAGUUGAUCCUCAACAAUUUUCUGGUAAAUUUGGCAUUGAUGGGAUUCUCGAAGGCAUUGUACUGAAAGAAAAUCUGCAGAUGAAAUGAAAAUGAUGCCUUCUAUCUAACAUGGCCUCUUAAUACUGAAACAAGUUGUUGUGUAGAGUCAAGGAUACUACUUUGAUGUUUGUCAUUUUGUCAAGUAAAUAAUGUUAAUUUUACCCUUAUAGAGUCUUUGAGACUUUCCAAGUUUUACUUUUACACUAUGUUGAGAUAAAGCCCAUUUACAGUUUGUUUUCUUUCACAGUGAAAACAUAUUAAUCAAGUGGCCAAUUACUGACUAAUUGAUAAGCCAUAUUUGUUGAAA